ACAUUCACACUCAGUGAAUGAACAGCCGCCCUAGUAGGAGAAUGUGCUGCCAGUGCUCUUGAUAUUUUCCCCUCGCUAGUGACUCGUAUUCGCCGUUAUAUUUAUUUCAAGUCAUUCACCAUGGUGCAGAGCUACCAGUCGCCCGUCCGGGUGUACAAGUACCCCUUCGAGCUGGUCAUGGAGGUGAGUGUCGGAAAUGGCCUUUUUUUGGGGGGGUGGAUAAUGAUGAUGAUGAUAAUGAGGAGUUGGAGGAAGAGGAGGAAGAAGAUGAGGAAAACCAACAAAAGAGCAAAAGGUGAAGGAGGAGGAGGAGGAGGAGGCAGAAACAGAAAACAGAAGGAAAAUAGGAAAAGGCACGUGCCACCACUGCCCUCAUCAUUAGAAAAAAAAAAAAAGAAGAAGAAAGAAAAACGAAAAAAAGGAGAGAAAAAAACGUCUAAUUGUCAACAAACAGAUAAGAAGGCGUACGUGAGGCGCUUCCCGAAGUGCGACAUGAUCCCCAUAAUGGCCGGCACAGACGUCCUGAAGGAGACCACCUCCAAGGACGGGGCCGUCAACCAGAUAUCCCGCCGCUGCAGGUUACACGUGGAGGCGCCCUACCUGUUGAAGAAGAUCAUGGGGGUGGAGUUCAUUCACUUCAUCCAGACUAACACCCUGGAUAGACGCAACAGAACGCUCAAGAUCGACGCCUACAACGAGAGUUUUCUCCUCCAGGGUGGGAUCAAGGAACACUGCACAUACUCGGUUCAUCCAGAGAACAGUGAAUGGACAUGCUUUGAGCAGACUGCCAGCCUUGAUAUCAAAUCUUUCUUUGGGUUUGAGAGCACAGUGGAGAAGAUCGCCAUGAAGCAAUACUCCCAGAACAUCUCAAAGGGCAAAGAAAUAAUUGAGCACUUCAUAACGGAACUGAAGAAGGAAGGAGUUACACAUAUCCCAAGGUGGGUGGAGCCACAACCAGAGCAGACCGAGGAUGAAGAGAACAGCAAGGUGGAGAGUGAAGUCGAGAGCAGCUCUGAGGAGACUGAAAAGCGUGACCGCACUAGCAGCACGCCAUCCACAGGCUCCCGGGAACUCCAGCUUGGGGCAUCUGCCACCAACAUCCUCAGCAUGGAUGCUGUCACCCUCAAUGACGGUGGUGAUAUGUUGGCCAACAACAAUGAGUACAAUAAGAGGUGUCACGAUAGCCUGGUGGCCGAGGAGGUGGAUAAUGGCCGCAUUGACAGGGAAAACAACAAGUUGGAUGCUGACUACAUUAAGAGAUGUUUAGGAGACCUGACGCCAUUGCAAGAAUCUAGGUUGAUACAGCUGAAAAAGUGGGUUGCUGAACUUCAGAAAGGAAAGGUCCCCAGUGACACGUGUUUGCUGAGGUUCCUUCGGGCACGAGACUUCAAUAUUGAGAAGGCACGAGAAAUGCUGAGUCACUCACUCAUCUGGCGCAAGAAGAACCAGGUGGACAAGAUGAUGAACGAGUAUCAAGUGCCAUCAGUGAUUCAGGAAUACUUCCCUGGAGGAUGGCACCACCACGACAAGGAGUGUCGGCCGCUGUACUUGUUACGUCUCGGCCAGAUGGACGUGAAGGGCCUUGUAAAAAGUGUUGGGGAAGAAGGACUCCUGAAGCAUACCCUGCAUAUCUGUGAGGAGGGCCUGCGACUGACAGAGGAGGCGACCUUAACCUAUGGGCGGCCCAUCACCACCUGGACGCUGCUGGUGGACCUGGAGGGUCUCAACAUGCGCCAUCUGUGGAGACCGGGCAUUCGCACACUGCUCAAGAUCAUCGAGAUUGUGGAAGCCAACUACCCUGAGACCAUGAGCUGUGUCCUCAUCAUCCGAGCACCAAGAGUGUUCCCCAUCCUGUGGACGCUCGUCUCCACCUUCAUUGAUGAAACCACAAGAUCAAAGUUCUUAUUCUAUGGUGGGAAUGACUACCAAGGACCUGGUGGCUUAAUAGACUACAUGCCCAAGGAGAACAUUCCUCACAUCCUUGGAGGAGAGUGCAAGACUGUGGUGCAUGAGGCCGGCCUGGUGCCCAAGAGCAUGUAUCUGCCGGGAGAAGAGAUGGAUGCAGCCCGUCAGCACCUUCCCAUGUCUGACCAGUCAAUUUAUCGUUCUGUCUCAUUGGGAAGGGGUCAGGUGCAUGAGAUGGUGCUGCUCAUAGAGGAGGCAGGAUCAGUCAUCUGCUGGGACUUUGAUGUCAUGAAGAAUGAUGUCUCCUUCUCUGUCCUGAGAACCAAAGUGCCCAUCACCCAUCGCCCUGAGCCUCAGUCUCCCACUGGAGCCAUGGGGAUGAUUGAUGCUGUGAUGGGCAGUGAUGACCUGCAUCGCUCUGUCAUAGAGAAAGGCUGGCGGGAAGGUCAUGAAUAUUUCCGUGUUGAACCACAGCUGAUCUGCCAUGAUGGAGAAAGCAUCCAGUAUCAUGAGAGAGAUGGCCACGAACCCAGCCGUGUGGACCCGCAUCCUGUCUAUCGUGAAGGAGAGAGCAUCCAGGGUUCCCACGUGACCUCCCACAUGGGCACCUACAUCCUGCAGUGGCGCUAUUACGAGUCCACACAGCACACUUCCCCCCUGGACAUCAUCGACUCCAUCACUGCUCCCAAGGCCAAGAUCAUGUAUUACUAUGAGACACUCAAGUCAGCUGAUUACAGGGGCUCAAUGACCAGCCUUCAGUCAUGCCAGAGUGGCUUUUCUUCCCUGUCCUCCAACACAAACAAAUCUGCAAAUUCCUCGUGUCCGUCUCGCUGACCUUAAGUUCUUGUGGCAAAUUCUUGCCAGAACACUUCAUCCCCACAAACACUCAGAAGUCCUUGAAUUGUUGCUAGAUGAGUAAAUUCCAUGAAAAUGUUGGGAUUAUGCAGGACACUGUGUUACUUGGUGUCCAGGUAGAUCAGGAAGUUUAGUUGUUAAGUGGCCGUGGUGCCCAGUGCCUGUGGUGUGUGCUGCACCUGUUUACCUGCGGGGAAAAUGUCCCACUGUUUAGUAUGUAUAUCUAAGUAUUCAAUAGUUGCCUAUCUCAUGUGAUUUUUUUCAUUGUGAAACUUCUGGUGAUUUCAUAUACUGAAGAUCUUCAUGGUACUGUUUUCCUGGGAAUUUGAAUAUUCUUCUUCAAAACAAUUGUGAAAUUAAUGACUCAUUGCACUCUGGUAUAAUGAUUCUCUUGGACAUGGUACUAUUAUUUUAACAAAUAUUAAAGUGACUUGUGCUUCUUUUCCAAAAGUGUCAUUAUAUUAUGUGUGGAUCAGUUUUUAUCAUGCACUUGACAGUGAACCAACCAGAAGCAUUUCCAGACACUUAAUGGACUUGAAAGAAUUUAUUAAAAAAAAAUCUGAGUCUUUAUUAUAUCUA